GACAACGAUUAGCUGAAUUAUGAAUUUGGCGGUAGAAUUUAAAAUUACUUGCAAAACGGUCAAACAAGUAGUCAAUAUUUCCUUAACUUUAAAAAUAAGUUAUACAGAUUCUAUUCUUUUUAUAGUGAGAAUCAAUAUUGAACACAUAUUAACAUAAGGUAUAAAUUCGUUAUUGUAUAUAUUCAUUAGGAGCUUAUAUAAAAAAUUAUACUACAGAUCAUACUUUAAUUAACGGCGCGAAAAAAAGUUUCUUUUAUUUAUUGUUUUGUUUUUAGAUUACUUGUCUACUAUAGUCCAAAUCUCUGGUACAAUAAAUAUAAGUGCUGCAAUGGUUUGACGAACGGCAACAGAACAGCUAAGUUUGUACCUAUUUUCCGUUAUAAAAUGGAUCCUGAAAUUUCAGUACAACAUGCUACAAUUGAGGAUAUUAAAAGGUUUUUAGAGAUCAUAAACAAUAGUGACGACAUUGAAACUCAAGUAAAAUUAUUUUCAGUUAUCGCAUAUCAUUUGGUUUCACAGGGUACCCAUAGAGAAGUAAUUACCACAAGCAACAUUAUAUAUGACAAAAUAUACCACGUUCUUAGUAGGUGUCUGCCUAGAAUUACGACCAUCAUUUUAAACUUCGUGUCAGCUUUGGUAUACGACGAUGCUGGUUUAACCACAAGGCAGAGUUUGGUGCAGUAUGCACGAAAUAUGAUUAGAAUCAGCGGCUCUUUGUCGCUCAUAUGUAAUCUAUUUAUUAGUUGUAUGAUGCAUCAAGAUACUUGGAGAGCUCUAUGUCGAUGUCUCGCUGAAGUUUGUCGAAAUUCACAUGAAAAUCAAAUUUAUUGCUCGCACCUUAUUCCAACGGGUGUACGAAGAUGUUGUAAUGGCGACACGGAUGCUGCGUUGGUUCUACAAAGUUUGUUGCAUAAUCAGGACCGCAAUGUCCAACUAUUUAUUGGGUGUAAUGGAUUAUUAAUUUUUAACAGGCAGGUAUUACAAACAAGCGCCUAUCUUCAUCUAUUGUAUACAGUUACACAAAACUCGAAAGGGGUAAAUAUGCUUAUAAACAAUAUUGAUCUCCUAAAUAUUAUACGCGACUUUAUAAAGCUAUACGGAAUGGGUUCUUGCGUUGGGCAAUGGUCGAUUAUAAUUCUCCACAAUGUAAACACACAUACUACCGGCUUAGAAAUAAAUAUAGAAAAGGAUGACAAUAACGACGACCUAGAACUACAUAAUGGUAAAAAGCAUAAUGAUAAACCCAAUCAGAAAUCUAAUAUGAUAGACUCUAACGAUAGUAAUACAACUGGGUUACUAUUCAAUAUUCAUAGGGAAUUUUUUGAAUGUAAACCAAAUAAAAAUAACAAUAUAGCUUUUAAAAACAGCGAUAGAAAAGACGACACUAUUGGAAUAUACACUAAAAAUAAUGAUAAUCUAAUUAGGAAACUCACUAAUUCACAGAAUAUGAAUUCUGUACAUAGAAGUUACGUCAAUGACAUGCCAUUUUCAUAUCUGUUAAAACAAAGUUUUUAUGAUUCUACCAGAGAAUCUGAAGAAAAAAUAUAUAACAAUGAUAACACGUUUAGUUAUGAAGGAGAGUUUGGUCAUACAAAAACUAACAAUGUAAAUAUGCACAAGGAAUAUAUAGAUAAGACUAACUAUAAGUCCCGAAGUAAUUUAUAUAAAUAUAAUAAUAUUGUAAAUGAAGAUCUGAGCAUAUUAGAAUUCAAACCAACUAUUGUAUCGACACCAAAAAUAAGUUUUAGAGUUAAAACAAAUGCAUCCCAUUUACUUAUGACUGAAUUAAAAAGAAUGAAAGAUAGUCACAAACAGAAUAGAAGACGUCGGAGGAAUAUCAAACCAAAAAAUAUAGAAAAUGAUAUUAAGCACAGAACUAUUAGUGGCAGGCUGUUUAGUGUUAUUAAUGAUUCAUGUACAACAUUUGUAAAAACAGUAAAAAAUAUAUUUAAAUCUAAAAAGUAUCCUGAUGUCGUAAAGCAUAAAGAGGAUAAACCAUCUGGUAAUCAUUUUUGUACUGAAAAAGAAGCAUGCAGCUACAGUUUUACUAAUUAUAUGCGCCUCAGAGAUGCUAUCUUAGACAAUAAAACAGAUAGCAAUAACAAUACUGUACGCAGUAUCAAUUCAGAUAAUACAAGUAACAAGUCAUGUGAAACAUGUAACGAUACAUUUGUUUUAAAAGAUAAGUUGGUUAAUGAUCAAAAUUUAAGGCAUACUUUAAAAAAGCUCAAGUUAGGUAUUAAUUUAUACGGAUGCGAUUUUAGGAAAAUCUCUACUGCUCUGUGGCCACGAGAAAGAUAUAUGACGCCUGAAGUGCUUUAUAAUCUUUAUCGAAAAUUAAUAUUGAAAUAA